AUGUGUCCAAAUCUGAUCCAAAUCCUUUUUUCAGUCCUGGUCCAGACCCAGGCCCUCACCUGGAGUGACCUGUGUCCCAGCCCAGUCCUGCAGGUUCAGACUGAGGACAGCAGCAGGGUAGCGCCUGGAGGCUACAGGACUCUCAUACAGCAGGUUGGUUUGGCCUUUGAGUGGGACGUCAAGGUGCAGCUGAACAAAAGCACCAUAAAGGCACUUGCACAUGCUGUGCACAAAGACCUGUGCUAUGGGAGAGACAAGAGCUCUGUGCGCAUGGCCGCCCAAAAUGACCCCAGCUACAAGUUGGAAAUCCUAGAGUGCAUCCGCAGAUAA